GCCACACUGGGCCUGAUGAAUGUUAUAUUCUGUAUGGAGACGCCCAGGGCUGUGUGAAUAUCAUAUUAAUUUCCUCAGUUGGGGAGACGCUGAGAAUGUGGAAAAAAUUACCUAAGGUUGAGAAUGUGCCCAACAUUGGAAUAGACAAUGCAGUGCUUUCCCCAAAUGUGACUUACAUCCGAUGGAAGGUCCACCAGGACUGGGUGACAAAGGUGAAAUAUUUUCCAAACAUUCGGGCCAUUAUUUCCACCUCCAACCAUGAAGCUUCCAGCCUCAUCAUAGGCUGUGUUCUCCCGUCCACCAACAUCAGGCAGCAGAUAAGGGAAAUCAGUGAAGUGUGUCGAGAUGGUAAGGCAAGGAGGGCUCCUCCCAGCACGGGGUCUCCUCAGCCCCGGGAACCAGGUGAUCAGACUGUGUUCCCUGUCUACAAGGGUGUCACAACCUUUGACCUCAGCAAACAACACAAUCUGCUGGUGACCGGAGGGAUGGACAGAGUACUACGUCUGUGGAACCCAUAUGUCCCUGGGAAGCCCACUGGUUUCUUAAAGGGUCACUCCAGUCCCAUCUUCUACCUCUGCAUCUCCUCUGAGGACAACUGCAUCUUCUCUGUCUCUAUGGACAACAAUGCCAAGAUCUGGGAUAUCCAGGACCAAAGCUGCCUCUUCACGGCUCAUCCCAAAGCCAGCCUGGUCCGAGGACACAUUUCUGCAUGUCUGUACUCUCCCUCAACUAAGGGACUGUAUAUUGCUUCAGACUCACUGGCGUUGCUCUCUCUAAAGACCAGGCCCCAGCCCCAGGGACACCUGACCGUGUCUCACAAAGAGCCUGUGAUGUGCUGUGGCUACAGCCGUGAGUUCAGACAGGUUGUCAGUUGCAGUGAAGGAUCCGUCAUCAAGGUGUGGGAUUUCGACACAGGUAGUCAGGUGUUUGAGUUUGGUGGUGCCCAUGGACAGUCUGCCAUUACCUGUAUGACCUUUGACCCCAAAGGAAAGAGACUAGUCACUGGUGGAAGAGAUGGUUCUCUAAAGAUCUGGAACUUUAACAAUGGUCAGUGUCUGAAGACACUUAGAAAAGGAGCUUCUAAACUGGCACUGGGAAUGAUGGUGGUGGCUAGGAUGGGCCACAAAGAUGACAUCCUUUGUGUGGCCCAGUGCCCCCCAUCCCUACUGGCCACCGGCAGCUACGACGGGGAGGUCAUUGUGUGGAACCUGGCAUCUGGACACAUCCUGUGUCGCUUCACCAACCCCUUGCCAACUGACUUCUGCAAUGCCCUAAGUCAGACGACAGGGUUAAAUCAGGCCGAGCUGUACACACCGAGUUCUCCUCCGCUGCGUGCCUCCUUUCCUCAGGAUCCAAAGUCCAAGUUCAAACAGCAGAUCACUAAAUUUGCCGUGACAAAGGAAGACACCUCACUGUAUGCGGCUGACCAACUUGGCUAUGUCUAUGUUUAUCAUGUGAAGACAUACGCACUUGGAUCUGAGAGAACUCCACCGACAGCUGAGAACUACUGGCGUGCACACACUGGCAGCAUCACCGGGCUGCAGCUCAUUAACAAUGACAGAGUGCUCCUCACCUCAUCUAUAGACUGCACUGUUCGUCUGUGGAGUGCCUAUGGAGAGUUUAUAGGGACAUUUGGGCAGCAGGACAUUUGGAGCAUUCACACCCCUUCCUCCUGGAAACAUCCUGCUGUUCCCUAUGAGAUCCUGAUCGAUCCCCUCAGCAUGCCAUUUCACCCCAUUCUGCAGGGAAAGACCAGCAUGUCUGAUGUCAUUUAUGCUGACAACACAGAAACUGCUCAUACAGAAUCAAACUCCGACUUGCGCAGCAAGCUUAGGCACCCUCCACAAUACAUCAGCGACACAGACAUCAAUGAGGAGAUUAAAACCUUAUGUUACCCAGAAGAACAUGGGAAACGACUCCGACAUGAAAUAUUCAAGCAAACCAACAAGACACCCAAUCAUGGCGGACCCAAGGCAUACCACAGUCUCAAGUACUUUGAAAUCAUCAACGCCCCGGCCACCUGCGAGAGACCUGAUCUUUCCCUGGCUGGCAUCGAUCCUUUCAUAUCCAGCUUUCUAAAACCGGAGUUGGCUGAAUCCAAAUAAGACAUGUAGUUCUGUGGUUGAUGUGGUCUGUAAUCUGUAAUCUAAUGCUAGCUCAGAUCAAGCUGCAACAUGAAUACAAAAGGGACAAUAGUUCCUUGGCACUCUGAUCUCAGAACAAAAGCAAGUGCUGCUAGUAAUUUCGAAGAGCUGUUUACACAACUUUAGAUUUGACAUUUUGAAAUGUAAUAGGUGUCAUUCUGUUUAAAGGAAACACUACUUAACGUAUUCAGAUUUCACCUUAUAAAACAUACUUUGUGGAUUUUCCCAAUAUUAUCAGCUCUUGGUUUCCUCCAUAUUAAGACAAUGGUUGCCCAGCCAUUCUAACUACAUGCCCUCAACAGUGGGAGUCCGAUCUUGUUCUGAGAGUAUUUUUUUCCUCUGAUCUUUUCAGUUAGUUAUAAUAAAUAAUAAUUUGGCGUGAUUUUUGUCAAAACCUUUAGUAUACAUCCUUACUGUCACCCAGCUCGCUAAACUGUUCACUACCUUUGUCCAGAGCCAUAUUAAUCCUUGUCAACAGUAAUACACUAUAAAAGGAACAGGGUGACAUACGGAACACAGACUUAGUUAGUUUUUUCUUUUUUUGGGAUCAGAGUGAUGUAUACUUGCCCUAAGACGAAAGGAAUCAAAUUUCAUCUGGAGAUUAAAUAUACUUGUAAUUUUGUAACACUGCUAUUCCCAGAAAUUUAACAUUGUGCAUUUAUCUUAAGGUUGCUAGGAGAGAAAACAACAUAUCACAGUGGAAAAACUUACCAACAAAGUCAGUGUUCUGUGGAAAAAGGGACAUUAAGCAGUCUUAUUUGAGAUACUCAUUGAAGACAAUAUUUCCACUGGGCUGAGAAGGAUCAUUUUCUUUCUCCAUCAUAUCACAUUAAAUGUAUGAAUA